CAGUGAAACAACAAAGAUAAACCUCUAAAACCCCCUCUCUUACCCACCUUCCCUGACUCCAUUGAUGGCUAACAUUUUACAUUUCUAGGGUUCAAGAAACACCUAACAAAUGGAUCUUAAAGUACAAUUCAGACCCAACCAAUUCUACUCAGCUUCUUGUACAAGAAAAGAAGUAAUUUUAUUAAACAAAACACACCCAAAUCUUGUUUUCGUACCAUUUUCAAGUUACAAGAGAAUCAAAGGAAGAAAACCCAAGUUUUGUGUUUAUGCUAGUGUUGACCCUGAUGGGUCAGAAACUGGUUCGGGUUUGACCCGGUUCAAAAAGUAUCUUGAGGAUUCUUUGAAGAAAGAAACUGGGUUUGAUUUACAAGAUGCAAGUUUCAAGAUUUCUGAGUUUAAAGACUCAUUUUUUAAAUCAAGAAUUGAAUUCUUGAAUUGGAACAAGUGGGACAGUUGGAAGGAUGUGAAUAAUUGGGAUCCUGCAAGAGUAGGUGUGUUGGCAAUAUAUGUGUUGGUGGCUGUUGUUUCAUGUCAAAGGAUAUAUAUGGCUGUUAGAGGUCCGUUUGUUGAUCGUCAGGCUAAGGAAAUAUCAGAAGCGUAUAUGGACGCCUUGAUUCCUGAACCAACUCCGAUUAAUGUUAGAAAGUAUAAAAAAGGGUUAUGGAGGAAGUCAAUGCCCAAAGGCCUUAAAAUGAAGAAAUUUAUCGAAGGACCUGAGGGAACACUUAUCAAUGACACUUCUUACAUUGGAGAAGAUGCAUGGGAUGAAGAUGAUGAUGCCAUGCCUUCCAAGGAUAAAAUUAACGAAAUUAUUGACAGUGAUGUGAGAUUUAACACAGAAAACAAGAAGGAGCUUCAAAAAGAGCUAGGACUUUCAGAUAUUAAUCGAGAAAGUAAAGGAACAUGGCAAGAAAGGCUGCAAAUAUGGAAAGAGAUACUUAGGAAGGAGCAAUUGACCGAGCAGUUAGAUUCAUCACGUGCUAAGUAUGCAAUUGAAUUUGACAUGAAGGAGGUAGAGAAGAGCUUCCGUGAAGAAGCAAAGCCGAAAGGCACUGAAGGAGUUAGAGCACUUUGGAUAUCCAAAAGAUGGUGGCGUUACCGACCUAAACUGCCUUACACGUAUUUUCUUGAAAAGCUUGAAUACUCUGAGGUGGCUGCUGUUGUGUUUACCGAGGAUCUGAAAACAUUGUAUGUAACAAUGAAGGAAGGGUUUCCUCUAGAAUAUGUUGUUGAUAUGCCUCUUGAUCCAUACCUGUUUGAGAUGAUCACGAAUUCUGGAGCUGAAGUUGAUCUGCUUCAGAGGCGACAAAGCCAUUACUUGUUAAAAGCUGUGAUUGCUUUAUUGCCUGGAAUUUUGGUUUUGUGGUUUUUACGUGAAUCACUAAUGCUUUUACAUAUUACCUCAAAGCGAUUCCUCUAUAAGAAGUAUAAUCAGCUUUUCGAUAUGGCUUAUGCUGAAAAUUUUAUACUGCCUGUUAGAGAAGUUGAUGAAACAAAAUCCAUGUAUAAAGAUGUAGUCUUAGGGGGAGACGUGUGGGAUCUCUUAGAUGAGCUAAUGAUUUACAUGCGGAAUCCUAUGAAUUAUUAUGAAAAAGAAGUGAAGUUUGUGCGGGGAGUGCUUCUAUCAGGACCACCAGGGACGGGUAAAACACUAUUUGCAAGGACACUAGCAAAAGAGAGUGGAAUGCCAUUUGUGUUCGCGUCUGGUGCAGAGUUCACAGAUAGUGAAAAAAGCGGUGCUGCACGGAUAAAUCAAAUGUUCUCCAUUGCAAGGCGAAAUGCUCCUGCUUUUAUAUUUGUAGAUGAGAUUGAUGCUAUUGCUGGAAGACAUGCAAGAAAGGAUCCAAGAAGAAGAUCAACAUUUGAGGCACUCAUGGCCCAACUUGAUGGAGAAAAAGAGAAAACGGGUGUUGAUCGGUUUUCUUUAAGAAAUGCUGUUAUAUUCAUCUGUGCUACAAAUAGGCCAGAUGAAUUGGAUCUAGAUUUUGUUCGUGCUGGACGCAUUGAUCGGAAGUUGUACAUUGGUUUACCUGAUGCAAAGCAACGAGUGCGAAUUUUUGGUGUGCAUAGUACUGGAAAGCAGCUUGCAGAAGAUGUUGAGUUUGAAAAGCUGGUCUUUCGCACUGUUGGCUAUUCCGGGGCGGAUAUAAGAAAUCUUGUCAAUGAGGCCGGAAUUAUGGCUGUUAGAAAAGGACAUACAAAAAUAUACCAAAAGGAUAUUGUUGACGUAUUGGAUAAGCAGUUGCUUGAGGGAAUGGGUGUGCUCCUGACAGAGGAAGAGCAACAGAAAUGUGAAGAAAGAGUAUCUAUCGAGAAAAAGAGACUGUUGGCAGUACAUGAAGCGGGUCAUAUCUUAUUGGCACAUUUAUUUCCUCGAUUUGAUUGGCAUGCAUUUUCUCAGUUGCUACCAGGUGGUAAGGAAACUGCAAUAUCCGUUUUCUACCCUAGAGAAGAUAUGGUGGAUCAAGGUUACACAACAUUUGGCUAUAUGAUGAUGCAAAUGGUGGUAGCUCAUGGUGGGCGUUGUGCUGAACGUGUUGUAUUUGGUGAUGAUGUAACUGAUGGUGGAGUCGAUGAUCUUGAAAAGAUCACAAAGAUUGCUCGAGAAAUGGUGAUAAGCCCGAGAAAUGCAAGGUUGGCGUAUGCUACUUUGACAAACAGAGUCGGACUGGCUAAUAGAGCAGAUAGUACUGAUGGUGAACUCAUAAAAUACAGAUGGGACGACCCGCACAUUGUCCCUGCGGAUAUGACGGUCGAAGUCUCUGAGCUCUUCACUCGAGAAUUGACAAGAUAUAUUGAAGAGACGGAAGAACUUGCAAUGAAAGGAUUGAUCAGCAAUAGGCAUAUACUGGAUUUAAUUUCAGAGGAAUUAUUGAAGAACUCGAGGAUUACCGGGGUGGAAGUCAAAGAAAAAAUAGGAAAAUUGUCUCCUGAAAUGUUUGAAGAUUUUGUUAAGCCUUUCCAAAUAGAUGCAGAAGAUGAUGGACCAUUACCACACAACGAUAGAUUGAGAUACCAACCAUUAGAGGUUUACCCAGCACCUCUUCACAGAUGUUGAACAAAAAUUAGCCCAUUGUGGGACAGAGCAGGACGAAUUUUUUGUUGUAAACUUGUAAUUCCCACAAUCCAUAAAUGUUUUCCAUAUCUUAAUUGCACAUUAAGUUGCAUUUAUAAAUAUAUUACAGCAGGAAAUCACAUCAAUAUCAA